AUGAGGACGAAUAUCAGCAACCCAAAUAUGGUCAGAGACUCAUCACUGUCACCACUAAUAGAUGUCAGAGGCAAAAGCGGAUGGUCUGUACCACUUACCUUGGCUGUCGCAAUAAGCUGUCUGGCAUCUGUACAGUACGGAUUUCAUAUGUCAGAACUAAAUGCGCCAUCUAAGUACAUUCGGUUGGCGCUUGGCCUUACCCCAUCACAGCUAGGCUUAGUGACUUCGAUAUUUUCAAUUGGUGGGCUAGUCUCUACGACGACUGCUUCAUACAUUUCAACAGGCUAUGGAUUAAGAUCUAGUUUUACAAUUACAUCAAUUUGUUACAUUAUAGGUUCAUUCAUUGAAAGCCAUUCAAGUAGUUAUUUUGAAUUGCUCGUUGGAAGGUUCAUUAGUGGCUUGGGUGCAGGGUUUGCCAUUGUGUAUGUCCCAGUUUACGUCAAUGAUAUCUCGCCUGUUGAGUUAAGAGGCAUUUUGGGUAGUAUGACCCAAAUUAGUGUCAAUUUUGGUAUUCUGUUGGCACAACUCCUCGCAAUAAGGUGGAAUAAUUUGCAGCAGUGGAAGAAUAUUCUGGAAAUCGGGUGGAUCAUUGGUAUUCUGCAGUUAUUUUCUGUAUACUUCUGGUUGUUAGAAAGUCCCAAAUGGCUUAUUAUUCGUGCUGAGAGUGCCAAUGAAGAGUUGGGAGUACAUAAUUUGAUUCAGUUAAGAAAUUCACCUGAUGUAAGAGAUGAGGUUGACACAUGGAAAAUGGAGAAGAAUGCACAUUUAGCACUGGCAGCAGCUAAUCCGAGUUUGAAAAAUAUCGGAUUUUGGAAUUACCUAAGUGAUAGACAUUAUUACAACUCAAGAGUAAUUGCAACAUUUAUGAUGGUAGGGCAACAGUUGGCCGGUAUCAACUCUGUGAUUUUUUACGGAGUUGAUAUAUUAAAUAAAGUUUUCCCUACAUACUCACUCUUGGCAAACAUUCUAAUAUCACUUGGUAAUAUGGUCAUUACCGCCGUGUCCUCAUUAUUCUUGGACAGAGCUGGCAGAAAACCGCUUCUGCUGAUCUCUCUCACAGCUAUGAUGGUUUCGUUGAUUAUCUUAAGUAUAGGCAUUUUACUGAAUAGUUCCUCGUUCUCGGUUGCUGCCAUCUUCACAUACGUUGGUUCAUUUGCAAUAGGAUGUGGCCCCAUCCCCUUUUUGAUAGUUAGUGAAGUCUCGCAGGUCGAGGUCAAGGAUGUAGCACAAAGUUGGGCAACUGAUUGUAACUGGGCAAGCGUCUUUAUUGUUGGUUCCAUGUUCCCCAUUUUGAAUACAAUGAUUGGAGGCUGGGUCUACCUCAUCUUUGCAUUUGUAUGCCUAAUAUUUCUUGCUUUCGUUUACCUGUUUGUCCCAGAGACAAAGGGCUGCCAUACCUACGAGGAAGUCUGGGGGCACAGGCAGGAUUAG